CACCAAACUCGUACUCACUGGCGUCAGCUUCCUAAGCUUCUUUGCAGCAUGGUCACUGAAACCUGUAGAAAAUAUUCAGGAAACUAAAGGUCAAGACUUUCUGGAAAAUGGAAAGCCUUUGUUAAUCUUAAAGGAAGAAGAAAAACGAAUAGACACAAAAGAAAUGACAAAUCAAAAUGACACGCAUAGACAAACCCAAAUAUUCGCAUUGCUUAAAUCCCCGAAAUUCAUCAAUAUCGUAUUAGGUACGGCGUUGGGCUUCGCCUGCGAUAACCUAUUUGUAGGAGUCAUUCGAUUGACUCUCAAUAAUUUGAAAUUUAGCGAUUACGAAAUAGCCAGAAUGAGCAUGGUGCAUUUUGGCUGCGAUCUAAUCGCAAGAAUAAUCUACGCCAUUGCAAGUGCCUAUUGCUCCAUCAGAAAUAGAUACGUCUUUUACGUUGGAACAUUGAUUACCGUUAUAUUUAGAAUCGCGUUUGUAUUGCGAGACGAUUACAUGUGGAGGGUCAUGACUUUAUCGAUUCUGGGAUUUGCUAGAUGUUGUAUACAAACACCAUUUUCUUUAGUAAUAGCGGAAGAAUAUCGUAACGAUUACCCUACGGCUAUAUCUUUAUUCUUCGUGUUCAGCGGGGUGGUUUCUUUACUUCUGGGACAGAUUACAAAUUUUGUAAAAAUCGCUACAAACAGUGAUGCAAUGUUCCUGCAGGUUUUUACUGGUGCUAUGUCUAUAACUGUGAUUACAUGGGGAGCCGAAUUUGUUUACAGUAUGAUAAGGAAAAGAUAAAUUUAAUAUCAUUCAUUUAUUAUUAGCUAGGAUAUUAAUAUAUUCCAGUUUUGUUUUUACGUGUAGAAUUAAUUUUUGUUGAGCCUUUUGGAAGGGUCACACUAAUUACGAGAGACACUUGAUCCUCUGGCAGAAGGAUAUUUCGCAGAAACUUUAAUUUCUGGCGGGUACGCGAUGCCUUAAUAAAUAAAGGAGCCUUAAUUCUCGCCAUUAAGUUACAACAAUUCUCCUGGCAAACAUAAUUACUUAUGCAGACGGAUCACGUUAAGGAUAAAGGCGGCUACAAACUCGCUAUUAAAUAACUCAAAAGCAGCUAGUGUAGGGGACCCGCGAUUUCGGCCAACUCCCCCGAAAGCCCAUUAAGAGCACAAUUAUUUCAGAUUAAUAAACCCACAUCCAUCAAUAAUGGACUAAUUAAAGGGUCGAAAUUUAAGCAAUAUUUUAACGCGCAAAUCCGAACUGAAAUUGUUCAAAAUUUAAGGUAAUUAUUUCUUUUCAACAAUGUUAUUGUACCCGACGAGUUACGAAGUAGUUUUGACCAGCAAUAGUGGAAGUACUAGGUAGAUGAAAUUACGCGAAUAUCCGUUACAAAGACCGAAAUUCCUCUGAUGUUUCUCUUUGCGUCGAACGUAACUGUAAAAUAUUUUGCCCUCUCAAAGUUUUAGACACAUACGCCCGUAAUAAGACUAUUAAAGCCAGCGAAUGGCGUGACCUGAUGAAAAUGUACGAAUGUUUUGGCUGGUACAAAAUGAAGUUAGGUUUUUAAUGUUAAUACCUUUUGUGUGUAGACUUCUAUUUUUUGCCAUGAAAUAUUUUAAUACUUUGCGUCAACUUUAUUGUUAUUUUCGGUUUUAUGUAGGUAGGAUAUAUGGGAAGAAUUAGGAAUUGUAUAUUGUUCUAUACAAUCCUUUGAAAGCUUCAUUUUUAGUGAGUAGCAAAGUUAUGUCAAAAAUAUGGAUGAUAGAAAAUGUUAAGAAGCAGAAUUAAAUCAUUCAAAAAAUAUAUAUUGUCAAAAUUCAACAUUUGUAUAUGUAUUAAAUUAUUAUUAUUUUCUUUUCCACAUGUUAGAAAUGAAAAUUUGAGCUCUAAAUAAUUCAGAGUCAAAAGUUUUCUCAGAAAUUUCAGUGUGUACUCUUUAAAGGCCCAAAAUUGUACGCUAAAUUUUUUACUCACACUGUUAAAUACAAUUUCAGAUGAUAAAGGAAUUUGAUUACUAAUUAUAGAGAGCCCCUGAAUACGUCCCCCGUUUAGAAACGUGAAACAGGUACCUCUAAUUUUUAAUUUGUUCUUGUCAUUUUGCCAUUUUACAAUUUUAGAAAAUUCUUAGAUUUUGUAAACUCUAUAAAAGUUCGGCAACACUGCCUAUUUGUGACGUUGUAAAUCAUAGGUGACGUGCAUUGAUAUUUGUUUUGCACCAACUGUA